AAUAAAAAGGCCAGCUGAAACAAUUCCAAAAUCAAUAAUUUAUGGUCUAUCUGUUGUGACUGUGUUAUACUUACUGACUAAUGUAUCAUUCUUGGCAGUUUUGACAUCUGAGGAAAUCAUCUCUUCAGAUUCUGUUGCUGUGACAUGGAUGAACAGAGUCUUUCCUUCGAUGCAAUGGAUAAUUUCUUUGUUGAUCUCAGCUUUCCUAUUUGGCUCCGUUUCUUGUGGAAUAGUUUCAGCAUCAAGAAUUUUCUUUGCCGCAAGUCAAGAGGGACAAUUUCCUUUCAUCUACUCAAUGCUUAAUGACCAUCACUCUCCAGUAGUAGCUGACAUACAGGCUGUUAUUUUAUCUUCUGUUGGAAUAAUAUCUUCAAAUAUCAUCUAUUUAGUAAAAUAUGUUGGUCUAGGAGCAUGGUGUUUAAAUUUGCUGAAUAUGAUUGGGUUGCUUAAGCUAAGAUACCAGAACCCUGACCUACCAAGACCUUAUAAGGUGCGGCUGCCGUUUGUAUUUGGAUCUAUAGCUUCAUCGCUCUUCCUCAUCCUCACACCAGUGAUUCAGUCUCCCAGUACAGAGCACGUCUAUCAAGUUGGGUUUCUCUUCUGUGGACUGCUGUGUUAUUGGCUUCAAGCUUACCUCAAUAGACAUGGUGUUUGUUUUAAUAGAAUCACCUGCUACUGGCAAUUACUUUUCAAUGUCUCCCCAUCUGAACACCCAGAAAAAUUAAUUCCUUCUCUAAAUCCCAAUUAAAGAAGAAGUAACUGCAUAGGUAGCAGAAAAUAGCCUUGUUAGGGCACCAGGGAAAGGGGAAGCCCUUGGUCCUACCAAGGUUGGGCCCCCAGUGCAGGGAAAUAUGGGGAGGGGCGAAAAGGGGGAAUACCCAUAUGAGGAAGGGAGAGGGGAGGGAACGGCGGCUUAUGGACAGGAAACCGGGAAGGGAAAUAACGUUUGAAAUGUAAGUAAAGAAGUAUAUCUAAUAAAAAUUU